GUAAGAUUUUAGCCUGUUUCACUUUAUAUACUCCAAAAGCAUUUUCUCAUUAAACCGACCUAUUUUCAUUUUAUUUCAGGAAGAUGAAUUUCGGAAUUUGGCUAUGUCUCAUCUUUAAUGUUGCUGCACUAGCGAGACUGCAAAAGCGCAUAUUUGGGGGCACGGUUUUGACCAACUCAGAGUACACUUGGCUAGUCAGAAUCACCAAAUCGGAACCGGACCCGAGAAUUUGUACAGGUGUACUGAUCUACAGCAAAUAUGUUUUAACCACGGCCAGUUGUUUGGGGACAAAUGCUGACGAACUAAUUCGGUCCAGGACUUCACCGACGUACAUCGAGAUAGGAACAUCGGACAGAGAAUUUAUGGUGGCCGUCGAACCUUAUCACCUGUAA